AGCAUGGCCAAUGUAGACGGUGUUAAGAUUCGUCCUGCUCGUAUUGAGGAUCUAGCAGAGCCGGCAAGAUGGAUGCAAGAAAACCAUUGGAACGCAGAUAAGGAACUGCUCGAGAUGUAUCUGCGAGUUUAUGGAGAUAAAGGGAUUGUAGCUGUUGAUAAUAGUGAUAGGCCCAUAGGUUUUGCGCAAUGGUGUGAUUUAAAUCCAUCACUUGGUAUAGGAACGAGAAUAAUUGUGAGAGAUGACAUGCGAAAUCGUGGUAUCGCACGACAACUUGUAGCUGCUUCUAAAACAUGUUUAGGAGAUCGCAAUCUUAUGGUUAACUCCGUGGACGCCAUUGCUGGACUGUAUAAAGACAAGUGCGGAUAUAAACACGAAGGGUAUGCCAUUGGUGCAUAUAAUGGUAUUGUUAACAGUGAAAGCACUCUGGAACCAGCAUUGUUUGAUGGAAGCGUCAUUAUUGGCGAUUCAACCCAUAUGGAUGACGUCAUUGCAUACGAUGAGGCCAUAACAGGAUAUCAAGGAUACAGUAGAAGGCGAUUUCUUGAAGAAAAUGGAAAUAGGGAAAGCGAUAUUUUUUUAAUCGCAAAAAUCGGUGGUAAUGUUUGUGGAUACUUAACAGUUCGAGGGGUUGGCGAUGUUUUUAUAGUGGCUCCGUUCAUGGCAAACACAAAUUAAAUGCGAUAGCAAACUCGUUAUU